AUGCUCGAAGUAGACAUUACGGUUAAGGAAGAGGACAAAUGUUGCUUCUGUGAAAGGUACAUUCCGGUUGACAUUCAACAACACAUGAAUUUGUGCGGAACCAUGCGUGGAUUCAAUGAUUAUGACGUGAGUUAACGAGCACAUGGUGCAUCGGCACUGUUCUUUCAAAAACGAAAGUGAAAUCUUCAUUUCUGACCGGUUAUCACCUUCUAAAAUCUUUGUUUCAUGCUUUUCUGACAAGGCACAUUUUCCACCCCUACGCAAAUGUUUUAGAAAAAAAUAAACUGAUCAAGAAAGCGUUGGACCGCAUCAAGUUCCAGCAUAUUGAUGUGUUCUGCAAGCUGGUCUUCACUGAGCUGAUUCCAGUCAAACAGGACCUUACUGGUACUAGAAUUUUCACAGAGUUUAUCAUAUUAUGCAAUGUAAUUGCAGGCUAUUGCAUCAAUUGCAAAAACUAA